AUGGCACACAAAAACGCGAUAGACGCGACGCUCUUCAUUCUCGAACUGCAUGUAAAGGGACCCUCGCAGCUACAGCAGAACAAAGUCACUGACCUCAUCCACAUUUCCACUGACCGGCGUGAUGAUUCUGAAUCUGUUGAAGUGUCUCUGCAUUUUGAGAAGAUUCUUGAUCUGGAGAUGGACACGAGCAAGGCAGUGCCAGGAUCAAAGUCUGGUAUUUUGUGUACGACGUUAUGCAACGACACAACCAAGCAUGAUGUCGAUAAUCAUGACAGCUCAUGUAAAGCGAUGACCACACUUCUUGAGCACAAGGGGAUCGACCUCAGAAAGGACCAAUUUCACGUCCUUCAGGGCGAGUUGGAGCGGGUUGCGACGAUGCAACCAAAGGCACAGUGGUCUCAUGAGGAGGGUUUGUUGGAGUAUCUUGAGAAGAUGAUUGGAACGAACAAGUACAUUGACCAGAUCAAGGAAAAAUCCCAAAGGCUGGAGGAUCUGAAUACGAAAAGGGUGGGCUUCACGGAACGAAUGCAGUUAGCGGAGAGAGAAAAGGACCAGUUGGAGGAGCGAAAAAAAGCGGCUGAAGAUUUUCUACUGAAGGAGGCUCAGCAUACGCAGCUGAACAUGGCGGCGGUGUAUCUGCUGCUGCGGGAAAUUGAGCACAUGAGGAAAGGGUUCAUCACUCAGGCCGCAGACCUCGAAAGGGAGAAUAGGAAGCCCAAGAAUAACAAGAUCCUGAGCAACCUAAGGGAAGGCACGAGUAGCAGAGGCAUGGAUAGGAAGCAAAGCAUCGGGAAGGAGAUGAAAAUGCCCCUGCAGAUGCUGAUAGUGAACGAAAACUGUAAAAGACUGACAAAGCUAACGGAUCGCAGACAGGGGGAGAGCCAUGAAAGGAUUAGGGAGUUGGAGAGCCAUGAAAGGAUUAGGGAGUUGGAGGCAGUUCAAAGCCAGUUUGAGAAGAACGAGUCUGGAGUGAAGAAGGCACUUGUGCAGCUUGAGGAGGUCAAGCACCGUCAGCGAGCAUGUGCCAGCCACUCAGGCUGGGCAAGGGAUGCGCUCAAGCGUUUGAUGGUGCAACUGGCAAGUCAGAUCUCACA